GUUGGAUGAAUGUCCAAACUUUUGAAACAAGUUGCCCGCCCGUCUUUGGCCUUUUUUUUUUUCUUUUCUCAAAAAUAGAUAUGCUAAGCCUUGCAUUUAAACUUUAUAAAAUGCAAACUCCAAAUUCAAUCAACCACUACCUGAUCUGAGCCUGCUGCCUGCCCAGAACAAAACAUUCCGGAGCCCAAAAAAUUUGGUUGCUAAAGGCAAUGUACAAGAAAAUCCUAAAAGACAGAAGUGGAUGGCGGGGAAUUUAAUUCAAACGAGCAGAUGAGCAAAAGCAAACACGCUACCCUUUUCCUCCGCUCUUCUUUUUCUUUCUCCCUUUUUUUUUCUUCUUCUUCGAUGCUCGCGAGAUGUACGACCUUGUCUGUACGGUAGAAGCCGGAGCAUGCAUAAAAAAGUAAAAGUUCGGUACUCUAGUCGGCAUCGAACACGCCGGUUUUUUUCGAAAAUCCAAGCACAAAAGGAUGGCAUAAGGCCAGUCAGUUCUCGCUUGCUCGUCGAAUCUCACUUCCUCCGAACCGCCGCUUCCCCUGCUUCUCCCACCAUCGUUCUCCUUUCAAAUUCUAUGAGUCUUUAGGCUCUUCCGAGGGAGAGAUGAAAUGGGGAAGGAAGCAAGUCAAGCAGCAGCGAGAAGAGAAGAUCAACUCCAGCUUCAGCUUUUCCAUUUCCAACGUCCUUCCGCUAUCCUGGUUUUCGAAGCUAAGGAAUUUGACUUCCAAGCCCAAAACCCCGCCAUCCGAGUCCAAGCGAAGCACCGGACCUCUCUCCUUUCCGCCGCCGCCGCCUUCUCCUCGCCACUCCUCCGACUCCGACCACCUCUCCUUCUCCCCCGCCGUCCUCGACCUCCUUAUCGCCCGAUUCCCUGCCUCCUUCCAUGACGCCGACAACGCCCCCCGCCGGCGAUUCAUUGGGGAGGAUGACGGCCUUCUCGCCCAAGGCAGGACGAUUUACCGGCGAGGAAUCGCCAGAUCCGCCCGGCAUAACUCGGUGGGCCAGCGCCAGUCUAGGCCGCCGCCUUCGUUCUCCGACCCCCGAUCGGAAUUCCACGUCACCGAAUCGCAGCCGCUAGGCCACCUGAUCCCCUUCUCGAGGAGGUCGUCCCAGCGAUGGUCCCGGAAGCUCGAGCCCGCCUCAGAGGGCGAGAAGUCCGAGAGCGAUCCAGCGCGGGUGCGCCGGCGCCGGCGGCGGCGCCGGCGGCGGAGGAGGAGCAAGGCGGUAAGAGAAGGUGACGGAGCUUCGGGGGAAACGGAGGGGCUUCCGGCGCUGAGGACGAAGCCUUCUCUGGCCAGUGAUCCUUAUCGGAUGGCGGGGAAUCGUGGCGACGGAGAGGCGCGAAAGUCGUUCAGCGGAAGGAUCCGGCCCAAGGUUAGGGUUUGUUCCCCGCGGCCGUCGGCGGCAUCGAGGGUGGAGGUGGGAAGGAUCAAAGCGGCAACGGCGCGGAGGAGGGUGGAGGCGGAGGAGAAAACGGGGUUGGAGGGCUUCGCGGUCGUGAAGUGCUCGUGCGAUCCGCAGAAGGAUUUUAGGGAAUCGAUGGUGGAGAUGAUAUGGGAGAAGGGGAUCGGACGGCCGGAGGAGCUCGAGAGCCUGCUGGCGUGCUACCUGUCGCUCAACUCGGACGAGCACCAUGACGUUAUAGUAAAAGUUUUCCGGCAAGUCUGGUUCGACCUCAACCCGGAGCGGUUCAGCUCGCACCGGUUCGACGACUAACCGCUGGUUCUUGGUUAGGCUAAUUUAAUAUGUAUCACUGGCUCGUUCAGUUUCUUGAUCUACUUUAGCUUCUCUCUGUUUGCGAUAACAUAAGAAAGAUGAAGGGGUCCAGUUUUCAG